AGGGCACAGGGGUGGCACAGAGCAGAGACUGUCCCUGUGCUCAGCAUCGCUCCAAGAAUAGCUCCAGGCACUCAGGGGAGGCUGGGGGGACAGAAGUAUUCUCUUCAGUCUGGGGUCAGAGGGGCUGGGCAGCUGCUGGGGGGUGGCACAGGGGUUGCGGGGUCAGCCUUGCCAUCCUCCCAGGGGCUCACCGUGUUCUCUCCACAGCCCCUGGCUGCCUGGGAAGGCUUCUGCUCACCCCAGCUGGCUCUGGGAUGCACUCACCUGCACAGGAACACACUUCCAGGGGUGGCCUUGGGCCCUGGGAACGUCCAGCUGGGAUGUUCGCCUUCCCAGGCACGUGUCACAGCCACACAGAGGAACAGCCCCGGUGCCAAGCAGAUCUGAAACAGGCCUGGGGACACGGCGGUCUCCCACAGCCCAGGCACUGGCACCCAUCUCAGCCCCAUCUAUGUGCCAGCAAAUAGCCCAAGCGGUAAAUGUGCCCCCGUCAUGGCCCUACAGGACCCUCACUCCCUGUAGUAUCAGAGGCUGCAGCGAGGACCCACACAACUCAUCCCAGCAGUGCCCAAGCACCCCUGGUGCCUUUCUGCAGUCCAUUCCUGCAGCCAUUGACACCAGGGCCACCUGGGGCACGGCAGGCGUAGGCCUGGCACAGCACCGCUGCCCACAGCUGGGACAAGGCACUACGGGGACCUUGCCCUGCCUGGCCACGAGCCACGUGGCUCCCAGCUGCUAUAAAGCCCGUGGCCCUGAGAUGCGGCCAUGUCCUCCCAGGAUGGCAUUUCUGUGGGCAGUUGCCUGCCUGGCCCUCGCCAGCGCCGUCUCAGGCUGUGGGGUGCCCAUGAUCAGCCCCUCAUUGCAGUACAACGAGAGGAUCAUCAACGGGCAGAAUGCGGUGUCUGGCUCCUGGCCCUGGCAGGUGUCCCUGCAGACCCGUACAGGAUCCCACUUCUGUGGCGGCUCCCUGAUCAACAAGAACUGGGUGGUCACGGCUGCCCACUGCGAAUUCAACCCCUACUCCCACGUUGUUGUCCUCGGGGAAUAUGACCGCAGCUCCGGGUCGGAGGCCGUGCAGGUGAAGACCGUGGUGAAGGCCGUCACGCACCCCAACUGGGACGCCUACAACCUCAACAACGACAUCACCCUGCUGAAGCUCUCCUCGCCUGCCCAGCUGGGGUCCCGCGUGGCCCCCGUCUGCCUGGCCCCAGCCAACCUGGCUCUGCCCAGCAACCUGCAGUGUGUCACCACCGGCUGGGGACGCACCAACACAAACUCCAACGCCUUGGCGGUGCGCCUGCAGCAGGUAACCCUGCCCCUGGUCUCCCAGAGCCAGUGCAUGCAGUACUGGGGCAGCAGCAUCACCAGCUCCAUGCUGUGCGCCGGGGGGGUCGGCGCCUCCUCCUGCCAGGGUGACUCCGGGGGCCCGCUUGUAUACCAGAACGGGAACGUCUGGACCUUGAUCGGCAUCGUCUCCUGGGGAAACAGCAACUGCAACGUCCACACGCCUGCUGUCUACACCCGCGUAAGCCAGUUCCGAAACUGGAUCGACUCCAUCGUCGCUCAGGGGUAGAGCCGGGGACGGAGGGAUCCAGUGCCCAGGCAAGGUGAGCUGGGCAGAGCCUCCCGGCACCUCCAGCCCUGCUAGCGAGGGGCUGAGCGCGAAGCGAGGUUCCCCGCACUGCAGAGCAAUAAAGUGCCACCGUUUCCUUGCGCCAGGCACGGCCUCUGGCUCCUUUCCUCUCGUGGCACGGACCAGGAGCAUGGGGGCAGAACGUGGCUCCUUUCCCUAGUCCCGGAGCUGGAGCUUGGUGCCCGGCUGGGACCUGCUGAGCCUGGAGGCAUCCACAGCUCAACCCCAGCACCGGGCAUGGGGCCGGCUGCAGCUCGGGCACUGUUCAGGGUCUCUAUAAGCCAGCAGCUCUACAGACCGGCACCAGCAGGGGCUUUGAGGCUUGCAACAAAUGCAGGGAGGGGGGGUGCUGCUGAGUGCACGGGCUUAUAAAAGGUCUUCGCCUGGACUUUAAAGCAGUAACACGCGUAGCAGUGUGGGAACACACGAGCUGAGAGGGAGAAGUGUCACGGGCAGCUCCAUCUCUUCAGCAAGGUACAAGGGGGCAGCUGGAGCCAGCACGCUGCAGAGCACGUGCAGGCUUCGGGGUAACACAGCAGUAAACUCGGUGCUAUCCCAAAGGAAAAUUGGAAGACGAAAAGAAAAUUCAAGGCCAGACAAUGGAUUUUCAGAAGAAAGUGGUAUUUUCACACAAGCAGGUGCCAGACAAGGGCAGCAGGGCAGGUGUCGGGGCAGGUGGAUGCUGCUUUUCCCAAGGUGCUCUCUUCAGCACCCUGUGUCAUCUCAGGUCAAAUAAAAAAGCCAUGAGCCAGUCAGGGGCUUAAGAGCUGGCUCCUGGCAGCUCAAACUAGAGCUGGUCAUCAGGACACAGCAGAGAGGAGCAGGAUCAGGCCGUCCCAACAUGAGCAGCAUUUUUUUCCUUCACCAGUGAUGCAAACAUGAUGUAAAACCCUCACUGCAUGAAUCGCAGCCCCCAAAAAA